ACUCUCUCUCUCUCUCUCUCUCUCUCUCUCUCUCUCCAUUGACAACAAUGGGUUUACUCCUAGUUUGCCAUACUAGGGUUAAAAAUGGGUUCGUAAACCUGCACCCCUUUGACAGCCACAAUGGGUUUGUAAAAACCCCAACACGUCCUAAUGUGCUGUAUGCCUGUAUCCAUAGAAAACCUAUUUUACCAAGAUUAAAUUGAAAGUAUCUUUCCCUGCUAGUGAAUCACGUGGUUCAGUAGAAAUUGCUAGAAAACAGGCGUGAAUGUGUUCCGGUUACUUGCAUAAGCAAAAUAAAAGAUAUUUGAGAGAAAAAGAAAUUGCAAUGUACAGCAUAUUUUUUACGUAAAAUUGUUUUGCAUUUUUUGUCACCAUUGUUUCAUGCCUAAUCCUUUAACCACAAUUUGCCAAUUACUAAGCAGAUUUCAGUGGGAACCAACUCUCUCUCCUAACAUUCUGAGCCAAUAUUCUAUGCUAAUUAGAAAUGGUGUUGUAGUUAAUUCCAACGUUCCCUUCCAGCUGAGAUGACUUGGCUAGGUCAAGUAACUUUUUUCCAUUCAUUAUGAUUGCUUUAGUGCUGAAUGCUGAUGAAAAGUUAGGCAUGAUUUCCACUUUUCGUUAACAAGUUGGUUUGUAAUUUGUCUGAAGGGGUACUCUUCUAAUACUCCCCCAAAAAUAGAUAAGUUAAUGACAAGAACAAAAAACGUGAAACAGAGCCCAUCUCAAAUGCAUUUUCUUCCAUAGAUGGUGCGUAGGUUGUUAUAUGAUGUGAUGAUAAGUGCUAUCUGCUCUCGCGCUACGGCGCGAGGGUUUGAGUGGGGAACUCUGGAUAAUCAGUCAUUUCACAAAACUAGCGGGGGCGAGGCUGCCGCCUCUUGUCUAAUACCUUUCCCAAGCACUAUUGUAAGCGAUUGCUAAACAACAUGACCUUAGUCGUUGGGUAUAGUGAAAACAACGGGACCUUAGUCAUUGGAUACAGUCAAAACAGUGGGUCCUUAGUCAUUGGAUAUAGUAGAAGUUAGGACUUUGGCUAUGAGUUCCACAUUGCUCAAAACGAUAUGUUGGUCAGAAAAAAGUUCAUGUGGUGGGCAUUUCCUUGUUUUUGCGUCUGAUGUCUUUUUCUGUUUUUACUGAAAGUUUCUGUACUUGAAGAGUGUUAUUGAUUGAAAUUUGACGUGCAUUUCUCUUGCUAUUUCUGGGUUUCAAUGAAUUUUAUUGAUUUGGAUAUUAAUGACUUCUUCCCAAAAGUUGCAUGUUGAUGCUGAAUAUGAUGAAUCUUAAUACUAAUGACAUCUAGUUUUUGUUUGUAGUCAUUCAUAGCACUAACUGUCAAUAUGGUGGAUCUAGUCGAUACACAGAGAUACUCGAAGAAUUGGAAUGGGUGUACAUCCCAAUCAAUGAUAACAACAUUCAUUGGUUUAUGUGUGUCGUAAAUUUCAAACAUGCAAUUGUAUAUGUACUUGAUUCAUUACCUUCUCUGAGCAAACCCAAAGUACAAAACGAGAAGGUCCUUCGUGUGCUUCAAUACUUGGAUGAUCUAAUUCAACACUUGGGGAAUAAUGGAUGUGUCAAGAAAGCCCAUAAGCUACCAAUUAAAAGACUGAAAUGGCUUCCAAUUCAAGAAUCAGGUAGCGAUGAUUGUGGCGUGUACACUGCCAAGUACUUUGAUUUGAAGCAAUUUAAUAAGGAAGAAGCCGCUAAGUUGAAAUUCACUUCUGAAGAGGGUAGGAACAACUUGGUUUUGGACUUGAUCCUUUGUGGGGAGAACAUAAUCAGGAAUGAAGUCAUCUGAAAGGCUCAACAAAAAUAUCGCAACACUAGAAGGAUAACUUGAUAGCAAUUGGAGUUCUUUUUUAUGACAAAUGUAGUUAAAAUUCAGUUAUGGAGACAAACAAUGAUCUGGCAAAUGUUGCCUUUUUGUGAACUUGAUGAUAUGGCAAAAUUCUACCAUGUUGUAAACUUGAUGAAUGUGAGGUGCCUUGGUGGCUUUUGUUGUAAAUUUGAUAUGGCAAAUGCUGCAUUUUUGUAAA